AUGAAACCCUCUCGUAGAUUCAGCUUCUUCUCCUCCUCCUCCUCUUCCUCUUCCUCUACAACCACCACUACAGUGAUAUACACUUUCCGUGACGACCAAACUACCCCUCAUCCCCAAUUCAAUGAAAUUCCCAUCCAUUCCUCACCCGAACCCCCCAUCCCCAUCACCGUCCACCUCCCUCAACCGUCGGAAUCCGCCGCCGCCGUAGCCAUCCAAUCGGCCUACCGCGCCCACCUGAUCCGCACUCUUGUCCGGAAAAUCUCCGCCGUGAGCUCCGAGGCCGACCACCUGCAGCGCCUAAUCCAGCGGCAGGAAACCGUGGACGCCAUCCGGAGCGACGAUCGCGAGAAGCUGAAGAUGAACGAGGCCUUGAUGGCUCUGCUCCUGAAGCUCGACUCCGUGCCGGGGCUUGAUCCGGCAGUGCGGGACCUCCGGAGGUCCGUGAGCCGUCGGAUCGUUGGGAUGCAGGAGAUUCUAGACUCGGUUUCCGACACCAGAACGGACGGAUGGGAUGGAUUCUUGAGGAAUUGGGACAAGGCCAUAGAUGAGAUGGAAGAAGAAGUUUGUAAAGAGAGAGGCGGGGAUGAAAUGGAGAGGUUUUGUGCAGAGCAUUUAGGGUUCCGGUGCCUCCAGAGGUUUCUCCGAGAGGCAUAGUUAGCCUGGAGCUCAAGCGUGAGUACGUAAUUGAACAGAGAACGAAUCUGAACGGAGUUCAUACCAUAAAUCUUACAUAAUUAACGGAAAAUUGUUCACGCUUCCAGUCUGAUAGACGUUCUGCCACGAGGUUUUGUAAUUUGCAAUAUAAUAGCAAUUAAACAGAAAAUAAUUUGUAUUAUUAUUAUAAUUGUUAUAUCUAAAUCAUUUAAAUUAUUAUAA